CCUCAGCGAAUUAGUUUCAUCUUUAAUAAUAAGGGCGAUCAAAUGCACUGGUUUUUCAAACUGCAGGGAGAGGAUCUUCUCAGGCAUAAUAGAAGGCCUUUGAGUUUAAUGCAGGCAGUAAAUUUCCAGGAACCUAAAGCUUUUCGAUUGACUUACUGAUCAAAUGAAUAAAUUUUCUAAAAAUACUGUCUCAGCCAAAUCAGGCCGAUCUUCUGCGAAGAAAGUUGCAGGUAAUGUCAUGACAAAUGCUCGAAAGAUCGAAAAAAGAGGAACGCCGAACCUCCGUCAGAAAGCUUUGACGGAGAGCGUUGGUAGCAACGAACAAAGUGAGAAAAUCUCUGAAGAAGAUGUCCAUGUGAAGAAAUCUGAUGUUUUUGCAGAGGCUGCUUUACCAGAAGAAAGCGUCAUAACGAAUGAUGGAGGAGUUGAUGAGGACAAAGAAGUCAUCUUUAAAGAAAUUGAGAAUAAAAGUAAUUUCCCUGCGCCUGCCGAUGUCUUCUUUCCAGAGCCCCUGAAAACAUCAAUCGAAGACGAAUAUUUACGGGAUGAGCAGCUGACGGCAGAAAGUUCAGUAAUUGACGACAAUAUCCUUGGCACCUUGCAGGUUUAUAAUUUUGCAGCGGCAACUGACGAAAAUGUUUCAGUGAUCCGAGGGAAUGCAUACCUGGAGACCGUAAUCACAGAAAUCGAGUCCCAGCCUCGGCUUUGCCACACCGAGAACGACAAAUCGACAUUGGAAAGAGGAUAGGGAAUGAAUGAAGAAAAAAAUAUUCCUAGUAAUGUGGAGAUCGCAGCUGCCAUUAUUAAAGCAGUACAUGCUCAGUCUGAGGCGAAUGCGACACCAGGCAUGCGUGACGCAUUUAAGCAAAUAAUAGAUGCACCUCUGACCAUGGCCGCCAAAGAUCAGCCAAAAUUUUCUCCUACUGUAGCAGACACUUCUAAAUCAAUGUCUAGGGUGUGUUUAAGCAAAAAUUUAGCCGGUGCAUUGUGUGCUAUUUCCAUGGCGGCUGUUUGUUUUGCACUGUUGUCAAAUCCUAAACAAGGUUUCAACUUGGAGCCACCACCUACUUAAAACUCCAUUUAUAACAUUGUAGAGUUACUGAUAGGCCUUUGUUUUUGUUCUGAAGAUGAAGAUUCCGAAAUCUUGACAUUACACACUUUACUCUUAUGGUAUAAGAAGCAUUUGAAAAUUUGGACAUCACUAUGAUUUGUUACUAAAAUGAUUUACUAUGUUACUUCGGUGGGAUGUUUUCCAGAUCCUCAGCCUAAGAUUUAA